UCAUACUCAGACGUCACAAUCACGAAGGAAUCACGUCGAGUGAUUGUCUCGUGUGCCUCUACAAUCAGCGAUGACUGCCAACGACUCAUUUGUUCGACGCACGGCGUUAAACAGCAUCGCUGGAACGUUUGGAGGUUUUGCCAUCUGCAUGGUGGGACAUCCCUUUGACACUCUGAAGGUGAGACUGCAGACUCAGCCGAGCGGAAAUCCAAUUUACAAGGGACUGACAGACUGCUUUAUGAAAACGAUGAAAUGGGAAGGCAUAGGAGGAUUGUACAAAGGAGUCGGAUCCCCGCUUGCUGGUCAAAUGUUUUUCAGAGCUACACUAUUUACCACAUACUACCAGAUGACAAACUUCUUUGCUGGUGAUGCCAGGAAAGGUCUACGCCUCACUUCACCUGAAUAUUUCAUCAGUGGCAUGACAACUGGCCUCACGGUGGCAUUCGUAGAAGGGCCUGUUGACAUGUUCAAGUCGAAAAUGCAAGUUCAGAUUGUACGAUCAAAAGCCGGACAUCCCGUUGUGUAUCGCAAUGUCUUCCAUUGUGCGUAUGUUAUAUGGAAAGGGCACGGCAUUCGUGGUGUUUAUCAGGGACUCUCGGCCACAUUUCUUAGGAACAUUCCAGCUAAUGCAAUUUUCUUUGGAUUCUAUGAGCUUUCUCGUGAUUUUUUGACCCCGAAAGGUGGGAGUGUGAGAGAUCUCUCUGGAGGUGCUCUUAUGCUAUCUGGAGCAUUCGGAGGUCUCUUCUAUUGGCUGCUCACAUAUCCAACAGAUGUCAUCAAAUCAGCAAUGCAGUCUGAUGACGUCAUCAAAUCCAAACGGCAAUAUGACGGACUUGUGGACUGUGUUAGGAAACUGUACCAUGAGGAUGGUUGGAGGAGGUUUUUUAGAGGAUUGACGCCAUGUUUGAUGAGAUCACUGCCAGCAAAUGCAACAAUGUUUGUGGUAGUAGAGAAGACACGCCUGUUUUUAAACAGGUACUUUUAGAUAGCACUGCAAAUGGAGAUGUCUUUUGUAUGUCAACCUCACAUGAAAUUGUCGGUUUUGAUGCUGUCACGAUUCUUGUGCAUGUACAUGUGAGUGUGUGUACAUAUAGACAGAUCUACACACAUGGAUAGACAUAUGCACAGUAUGACAUAUAUGGAAUG